AUGUCCGGAAUCCCUCCCAACGUUGCUCAAUUAACUGGUCCUUUGCUUUUAGGCUUAGUCGGUAACUGGGGCCUCUUUGGAUGCAGCGCUGUUCAAGUGUAUCUCUACUACCUCAAUUUUCCGAAGGACAGCUGGCGACUGAAAACUUUAGUUUAUGGGCUCUUCAUCUGGGAUAUAUUGCAAACUGCCUUGUAUACUAGUACAGUUUUUGCUUCUUUAGCCUCUGGUUGGGGCGAUGUUGCAGCGCUGGAGGGCUUAGGACUCAUUUGGUUCGACAUUCCCUUCAUGAGUGGUGUCGCAAGUUGUAUAGUGCAGUGCUUCUACGCAUGGCGGAUCUAUGUUCUAGGAAGGUCUAUACCAUUGGCCCUUUUCAUCGCCGCACUCGCGUUAAUGGAAGGUAGCGCUGCAAUGGCGCUUGGAAUUACCAUUAAACUUUCGGUUCAAACGUUCUCUGAUUUACAAAGCAAGACCUUUGUAGUGACCACGGUCUGGCUUUUGGGAAGCGCUUCCUGCGACGUGAUUAUUUCCGUGUGCAUGUUAUACCUGCUCACUCGUGCUAGGAAAUUCACUAGCUACCGUCACACUGAAAACAUGCUGUCCCGCCUCAUUGGCUUGACAGUCGGUGGUGGUCUUCUCACUACCAGUAUCGCAAUUGUUGAUGCAGUCAUGUAUAUUGUUUUCCAGCAUAACAAUCACCAUGCUGCCCCAGUUGCUAUACUUGCCAAAUUGUACACUAACGCCUUGAUGGUUCUUUUCAACAGCCGUCGGAGACACGAAAGCACCCAUUCCACCGUCAACUAUACUUGGGAUGGAGAAGGGGGGCCGCCCUCUAAUCGGCCAGGGAUAUCAAGUGAUAGCGUCUUCAAUCGCGCCAUCUCUGUUGAUGUCAAUGUGAAUCGUACAACCGAUGCACCAGUUGAAAGCUAUUCAAUGGCCCCUUUCAGUUCGCAGAAACAUGCUGACGAAGGGUUUGGUUCCCAGGAAGGAGAGUCGAAAGCCGCAUGGAACUUGGACAAAUGA